AUGCUGACACCGUCACGAACCGUCCUUCUCCUCCUUGCUUCGUUCGUCUGCGUUCAAAGUCUGUCAUGGCUUUCGUUAGGCUUGGCGACUGGAAAAUUCGAGAAAGAUAAGCCCGGAACGUCAUGCAAAUCACUGAAAGGACUGACUAGGAGGCAGAUGAGGUUCUUUUCAGGGACAUACAAAAGUCAAUAGUUAUAAUUUCGAUCCAGGUUCUGUAAGAAGAACAUCGAUUUGAUGGACAGUGUUCGGACUGGCGCACUGGCCGCCCACGCGGAAUGUCAAUUUCAGUUCCACAAAAGAAGGUCGGUGAAAUUGAGCAUUCGAGAUCAUGAAGAAGAACAUUUUAGGUGGAAUUGCACUCUGAUCGAUCCGAUGACUCAUGAAGUGAUUCCGGACGUUUUCCUCAAUGAAAACACCCGCGAAUCGGCGUUUGUGCACGCGAUCUCAUCAGCUGCCGUCGCUUACAAGUGCGCUUUUAAACUUCCGCAAACUUUUGACAUACAGUUUCAGAAUCACAAGAGACUGUGCCAGAGGACUCAGCGAUCGAUGUGGAUGUGAUUACACGAAAAACGAUCCGGUAAGUGGUUCAGAACAUUUCCAUCUAAAAGCAAUGUCAUUCAAGAAAGGAUCCUUCCAAUACCAAGGCUGCUCGGACAAUGUAAAGUACGGUAUCGGAGUGUCGCGAGAGUUUGUCGACUCGGCGGAGAAGCGGAUAAUCAUAAAGAACGAUAACGGAACGACAACUAUCACUCAGCUAUCAGCCGACGGAAUGCACAUGAUCAAUCUGCAUAAUAAUCAGGCUGGAAGACAGGUUAUUGAAGCAAUACUUUGAUUAUCAAUACAGUGUUUUUUUUUCUAUUCAGGUUCUGGAAGGAUCGUUGAAACGAGAGUGCAAGUGCCAUGGAAUGAGUGGAUCUUGCGAGAUGAAGACGUGCUGGGAUGCGUUGCCGAGCUUCAGAGACGUCGGUUUGGCCAUCAAGGACAAGUUCGACGGAGCGGCCGAAGUGAAAGUGGUUAAAGAGGAGGGCAUUCAGAAGCCGCGGAUUGUGAUGAAGAACUCGCAGUUCAAACGACACACUAAUGCGGACUUGGUGAGCGCAGAUAUAGAGCUUUUCAAGAAUUAAUACGAAAUGCAGGUGUACAUGACGCCAUCGCCAGAUUUCUGCGAGGCGGAUCCGUUGCGAGGCAUUCUGGGGACGAAGGGAAGACAGUGUACACUGGCGCCAAAUGCCAUUGACGACUGUAGUUUGGUAAGUGUUUCUGAGCUCAUUUUGAGUGCAUAAGUGAUAGUGGUCUCUGCCAACUUAGUGAAAACCUUUUCAUCUUCAUAAUUUCUCUCUUAUGACGUAGCAUCAAUAAAGCUUUUGAGCUCUGCUGCGGUCGUGGCUACGAGAAGAAGGUGCAGAUAGUGGAGGAAAAGUGCAAUUGCAAGUUCAUCUAUUGCUGCGAAGUCAAGUGUGAUCCGUGUCGAAAACGCGUCGAAAAGUAUUUCUGUCUCUAA